AUGGUUGUCAACCACAAGCUUCCGCUCGAGAGCUUGCUCUACUGUGCCGCUCCAAUGGUCGGACAGUCUGACCUCCCAUUCCGCCUGCAGACGGUUCGAAACGGUGCCACAUCCACCUGGACACAGAUGUAUUUUGCCUCCGACCUCAACUCAGAUCGGGACAUGCUCGAUACUCUCUGCAAAAGCCUUGUGCUCGGCAGAGAUGCUACCGAGAACACCAUCCGGGGCUCUACGCAUCCGAUGACAGGUCAAUCAGCUCCUCAGAUUGUGCAACUGGCCGGAAAUGAUGUGCAGCAACUCGUCGAAGCAGCUAGAAAGGUGGCGCCCUUUGCCGAUGCUAUUGACCUCAAUCUUGGCUGCCCGCAGCGACAUGCCGAGCAAGGACACUACGGAGCCUACCUUUUGCCCAAGCAGAAUUGGCCCUUGAUAGCGAAAAUGGUUUCGGGCUUGGUCCAGGCUGUAGACAUUCCCAUCACAACCAAGAUCAGGCUUACAGUGCCGAAGGAGCAGACACCACAGCUGGCAGUGAUACUAGCCCAUGCAGGGAGCAGUCUCGUCACCGUGCAUCCUCGUUUUGCUUCUGCGGUCCGACGCCGCAAAGGACUCGCUGACCUUGAUCAAGUCGUUCAGGUCAGACAAGCUUUGCAAUCCGAAGGUCUCCUCCGCAACGCCGAGCAUUCUGAGGGGGAAACAGCGGUCGUCAGCAAUGGCAACGUACGGUGCUGGGACGACGCUGUAACAAAUUUCCACACGACUCGUGCCAGUGGUGUGAUGGUUGGGGAAACGCUUUUGGAGAAUCCAGCGCUCUUCCGACCAUCCCUGUCAGAGGCGGACCGAAUCGGUGGUAGCAACGAGCUAUCAGCCAUGGACAAGGCUAGGGAAUACCUCGCUCUUCGAGAUUUGUACGAGGAGUUUGAGUCACCGCUAAAAGUUGCCAAGCAGCACAUCCAGUCGAUCAUGUGUGCAAUACCCCCCUCAGCUGACCCAAGUGUCACAGCGGAGCGUCAUCGCUCAGCCGCAUUCUGGUCACAAACCAUCAAAAGCAUACAAAAUACGUCUGACUUUGCUCGAUUUUGCCAACAGCAUCUAGAAUCUCCAUAG